AGGCUUGACAAUGAACACCACACCUUGCGCUGCCCCGAUGGUACAUUCCACACAGGUGCAGUCCAUUCCAAUUCCGCGUGCGCAAGGGAUGUCCUACACGCUGCCCGCUGAUAGGCCGUCUUUUGAGCUACAUGCCCAGCAACAAGCUCAAAUGCUGCUGGCUGCAGCUGCAGCCAAACCUGGGGAGGCUCAGCCAGUGACGACUUCCAGCUCUGUUCAGCUUGUGCCAGCGCCGUUUGCAAAUGGAUCCUAUGUGCCCGGGAGGGGUGGGUCAUUCGUACCACCUCCCGUUUCCGUAGCACAGCCUGGGCCAAGUCCUCCCGUGCUCAGCAUGCCUGCCAUCGGCCCACCACUAGGGCAUCCUGGUCUGUGCCCACAGUCGCUUACAAUCAGCCCAUGCAGUUUCCCAAGUCCCGGCUCUUGUGGAAUGCCAGGAGUACGACCGAGGGGUUCAAGCUUGCAGGCACCACCUGCAGCACCUACACCCUGUGCCUGCGGAUCUGGCGUUCCUGGCGUACCUGGCAUACCUGGUGGACUUCCGGGUGGACUUCCGGGUUUCCCAAACCUUCCAACCCCGGGUUCAAUGCAAGGCAUGCAAGGCAUGCAGGGCAUGCAGGGCCUGCCGGGCCUGCAGGGUCCAGGACUUGACCUAGGGCAACUAGGUUUGCGUCCUGGACCUUUAGGGCCGAGCUUUUCUGGCGCUGGACAAGAUCCGAUGCAGUUCAACUUCCAGGGCCUUCAGAUGCCGCAGUUGCAAAUGCCGACGCUGGGAUCUUUGCCCCCUGGUCAAGGCAUGCCAAAUCCUGGCCGGCCAGAAAUGCCGCCAAUGUUUCGACUUGGCUCUCCUGCGUAAUUGCCGCAUUCAGACCACAAGCCUGUGUGUUGCGAUUUGCUUGCCCAAUACGGGCUGUUUGAGUAAGUUGCAGUACUCAGCCAGAUGUUGGAGGCUAAAACCGCUAAUGCAGACAGACGGAUUAAUUAGCUGCGCGUGGGGCAG